CUUCACAGUUCAAGUUAUUACAAGAACACAACACAAAACUAAAUCAAAAUGAAAUCCUUCGUUUGCAUUGCUAUCUUCGCCGCCAUCUUCAGCGUUGCAUUGGCCGGUCCCACAAGCAAUAGCGGUGCCGCCGCUGCCGCUGCCGCCGAGCAAGAGGCCAAAGCCGAGCAAAACGCACAAGCUGUGAACCUCCAGUCAGUCUACGAUUUGACACGUUUCCGUAAAUCCGCUUAUGGUGGUGGCGCCGCCGCUAGCAUUCCAGCACCUCCCUGCCCCAAGAACUACCUCUUCAGCUGUCAACCUAACUUGGCGCCAGUCGCUUGUGCCGCCCCAGCUGCUGCUCCAUCCUACGGCUCAGCCGGUGCCUACUCAGCGCCCAUCCCAACUUAUGUCUAUUAAGUUGUGGACCAUCAAGGAUAAUGACAAAGAACAAGGGCAUACUCUAGCGGACUAAURCAUGGAGAUAAGUAAUAGCUGUGAACGCAGUUAAUUAUUUUAUUGAAAAAUAUAGAAAAAAA